CAGGGGGCGGGGUCCUGGCCGUGAAUUGGGGCGGCAUGUUGCGGUCUGGCCUUUUUCGCUCCGGGAUGCGGCGGAGUUGGGCUUUGAGACAGUGCGCUUCGGAGGCUCGGUUCCUCGGGAAGCGGUGGCUGGUGGCUGGCCUGGGGAACCAUGGAAUGCCCGGCACACGGCACAGCGUGGGCAUGGCGGUGCUGGGGCAAAUAGCGCGGCGACUAGGAGUGGCGGGGAGCUGGGCUCGUGACUCUCGCUGCGCUGCUGACCUUGCCCUGGCCCCGUUUGGGGAUGCCCAGCUGGUACUGCUCCGGCCACGGCGCCUCAUGAAUGUCAACGGGCGCAGCGUGGCCCAAGCUGCGGAGCUGUUUGGACUGACUGCGGAGGACAUCUAUCUGGUGCAUGAUGAACUUGACAAGCCCCUGGGAAAGCUGGCUCUGAAGCUAGGGGGCAGCGCGAGGGGCCACAAUGGAGUCCGUUCCUGCAUUAGCUCUCUGAACUCCAGUGCAAUGCUGAGGCUUCGGGUAGGCAUUGGGCGCCCCACACACCCUAGUAUGGUGCAAGCCCAUGUCCUGGGCUGCUUCUCCCCUGAGGAGCAGGAGCUGCUGUCCCCCUUGCUGGACCAGGCCACCGACCUGCUUCUGGACCACAUCCGUGCUCGAAGCCAGGGGCCACCGUCGAGCCUCUGAGACCAGUGGACAUAUCUACCUGUUUGACGGCCUGCCGAUGCCCCGAAGCCCAGACACAGCCACAGGACUGCCAUGACACAUGUGGUACCCACUGUUUAUAUAACUUCUGGGUGGCCCUAGGUCACUUGCAGAUUGGAAGAGGGACUCUGGCCACCACAGUCUGUUUCUGCCGUGGCUUGGUCUCCCCGUGUGCUACUUACGGUGUAGGAAAGGUUUAGGAAGGCCCAACUUUCUGAAUCUUCUGAGAGCGCCAGAUGGAUAGCUCUGCAAGAUUAAAAGAUGCUUGCUUGCAA